GCCCCCCGCGCCUCUCAGCCCGCUGUGUAUUUAGCCCGUGCUCCUCUCCUCCGGGCUCCAUUCAUCCGCCCAUUUCCCCGCUGUCACUGCUGCUAAUCCCGGCUAACCAUGGCUGCUAACAGGGUCAUCGUCUACGGAGGAAGAGGGGCUCUGGGCUCCAGGAUUGUGCAGCAUUUUAGGUCCAAAGGCUGGUGGGUUGCUAGCAUCGAUAUGGCAGCUAACGAGGAAGCAAACGAGAAUGUCAUAGUGAAGAUGAGUGAGUCUUUUAUGGAGCAGGCUGGACAGGUGACCACAGAUGUGUCUCAGUUACUGGGGGAACAGAAGGUGGAUGCCAUCUUGUGUGUGGCUGGAGGCUGGGCAGGAGGAAACUGCAGCUCCAAAGAUUUGUACAAGAACGCAGACUUGAUGUGGAAGCAGAGUGUGUGGACAUCCACCAUCUCCAGUCACCUGGCUGCUCUACACCUCAAACCAGGAGGACUGCUCACUCUGGCUGGGGCUAAAGCUGCUCUUUCAGGGACUGGAGGUAUGGUGGGUUAUGGAAUGGCCAAAGCUGCUGUCCAUCAGUUGUGUCAGAGUCUGGCAGCCAAAAACAGCGGAAUGCCCUCAGAAGCUACAGCUGUCGCAAUUCUACCGGUUACCUUGGAUACGCCUAUGAACAGGAAGUUCAUGCCUAAGGCCGACUUCAGCUCGUGGACACCGUUGGAGUACAUCGCAGAAUUGUUCUUCAACUGGGCCACAGGGACAGACCGCCCAGCUUCAGGCAGCCUCAUGGAGCUGGUGACCUCGGCAGGUGAAACCCAGGCAGUGCCAGCCAAGUAGAAUAAGGGAGAGAGAGUAUGGACAAGAGACAUGGAGUAGACCGCAGGGAGAGGAGAGGAAAGGAGGUGUGGAGAUGUACAUGUUUAUAAGAGGAGAAAAAAAGAGAAGGUAGUGUGGUUGUAACAGCUCCACAGCACCAUCUAGCUGUAGAAAAUAGUCUCUUCAAUUCAUGCCACAACCUUAAAGGGCCUAUAUUACAUUAUUGUGUUUGUCGUUUCCUCAUCAGAAACCUGCAUAUUGUGGCUGAGUUGUUCUCGAGAAAGGAAAACACUCCUUCCUACCUUGUGAUGGUAUGUGGUAAUACAGGAAGUGCUCCACUGUGUUUUUAAACUUCAUACGUUUUCACUAAGAUCAGUAUGGGUGAUUUCAAGCCUGGAAUUGCUAAUCUCUACUGAACAAAAGGUAAAAGGUUGCUGUUGCUGUUCACUUGGAAACUACCACUACAUAAACAUGCAUUUUUAGUUUUGCUAAUAUAGACAGACUAAUAAAUCAGGACUAUUGAAACAUGUGUGAAUGAAACAACGUAACUCCGGGUUUUGAGGAGGUAACGAUAUUAUAAGAUUGCUCCAAGUAAUUUGGGACCUUUCAAGGGCCAUUACCUGAUUUUAAUUUAUUCUUGUCAAAAUAAAUACUCUUUACAUCAUGAACAGCACGAUAAAAGCUGCUGGAUAAGAAUAUAAAUUGAGACUGUAAAAUAUAAGGUAUUCAUUUUAUUGCAUUUUCUCUACUGACAGGGUCACCUUGUUUCAUCCAAUUCGGCACAUUGUUAUUGAGAAUCAUGGGAAACCAACUGCCUGACACUAUCCCAGACACUUGAUUCUCUGUCAUGGUGCGAUAUCAUAGCGAUAGAAAAGACUAGAUAGGCUCGGCUAAAAGUUCAAACUAAACCAUUUUCUUGGCUCAUGGUUUGAAAUCUGGUAAAGGCCCUUUAACGCUACAAUACAUGACUAAAUAAAUGCAUAAAUUAUAGAUAGUUUAUUUUGUGGUUCAUUGUUGUCAUGAUUUGAAAUAGUAUUUUUCAACCACGCAACUGAUUUGUUUGUCAUGUUGUAUGCAGAGUUAUUUUUAAAAGUAUUUUCUGAAACUCAUGUUUUGUUUCAUAUAUAUUUUCAAAUAUCUUUUAGUAAAAUUACAAUCAGGUUGACUAUCAAGGUGCAUUGAUGGUAUUGUAACUAGUAGCUUAUGUGUUCAUAUGUCUAAUUUCAGAACACUCAAGCAUUUCACAACAUUGUACUUUGUGCUUCCCAUACUUUAAAAGGGCACUAUAACUUUUCUGGUGGAGGGUCCACCACAUGCUUAUAUCUAUGGAAAUGUUACUGCCUUGCCUAGAAUGUUCCACAGUAUCCAUCUUGGAUUUAUUCAAUUACAUGCGUUUGAAUAAAUGCAAGAGGGGGAACUAUUUCCUUGCUCUUUCCACAAACCUGACCUGUAACUUGGCCUGAUAGUACCAUCUGUUUGUUUUUAGGGAGAAAGACAAGUUUAAUGCCUUACUAUGGAGCAUUCCAGGUGCAGGGAAUGUUGUCAAAAGUACUGAAAACCAAAUACUAAUCAAUAGAACUAGUAUCGAUACAAAAGAGUCACAUUCUUAUACUUGUUCAAAUACAGCUCAAGAUCAAAAGUUUAAGACUAUCUGUGUCUCCAAAAAUCCCACAGUUGUCCACAUAGACUGGACAGCUGUGGGAUCACAUAGAUGUAACACCACAUGGUAAUAUGAAAAUCAUUCUACUGUCCAGAGCAGACAUCGGUAAACUACGACCUGGGGGCCACACAUGGCCCUUUGGGCUUAUUAAUCCGGCCCACCGAAGGUCACCAAAUUUAUAUUAAAAUAGAUAAGGGUAAACCUUGUACAGUUUACCUUUUGUUUACAAGUUUUUUACAAGUUGUUGAUCUUUUGACACUUGAUAAAACUGAAUGUGAGUUUUUCUGCUGUUUAUUUAACUGAAAUUUAAUAAAUUAUUAAUUUAAUUUGGAUUUGUAAAACAAUUAGUACAAUACUUAUUCAUGCUUUGCUAUAUGUUACAGGCCAAAUCCCUAAUGUAAUAUAUACAUAUACUGGCCCGGCCCUAAAUUAUAGAACCCACUGUGGCCCGUGUGUCAAAAAGUUUGCCCACCCCUGGUCUAGAGUGUUUUAUAUUAUCAUUGUGGGAACAGAAUCUGUAUUGUGUAUCGAAAUUGAGUUUGAAAUUUUAGUAUUGUGACAACACUAAUCCGUGUAGAUUUGUCCACCCACCCCAUCAGAAAAGUUGCAUAACGCGCCUUUAAUUCUAGCUGACGUAAUGGCUAGCUAGCGAGACCCAUUCCUAUUUAUAAAGUGGUUCUGGAAUCUUUUUGGCAAAGCUUGAUUUGCAUUGCAGUGACUAAACCAAACGUUGCUAAUGUUGGAUUUUGAUGCGUUAAAUGUCUACCCAUUGUCUGUAAUCUGCCCGCCAUGUGGAACGCCAUAUGUCUGUACUAUUCUCACUACUGUUGUUUUCGCCUCCGUAACUUCACAACUUGUCAAAAUGCCGCUGUCUUCUCUCAAACGGACAAUUCUGGAAGCGGAGUGGCCUUAGUCUAUCAAGUGUCCUUGUGUCCAGUGUCCUCUAUGGGUUUAUAUAUUGUAACUGUGUCAAAUUGAAAAUGAAUAAAACCUAAGUGUGUGUUUGUA